CGUCGGUCGCGUCCUCAAUACAAUAACUUAGUGGCGCUAAUGUCACUUUCGUGUUUCAAGUUUCCAAUUGAGUUGUAUUUCGGUAGUGUUUUUAAAUGAGAGGUUAUGUAGAAAAUUAUUAUAAUCACAGUGUAGCGUUUCUGAUAUAUUGUUUUGGUUAAUUCGAAAAAAUGGAAAAUAGAAGAGAAACUUUAGGUGUUGUGAAGAUAUGUCGAUUUUGCCUUACGCAAAAUAGACCAUUGGGAAGUUUGUAUGAAAAAAGCAAAUCGAAAAAUAUAGUAACACUUCCAUUAAAAAUCUUAUCAAGCGUAUCAAUUGAGGUGCUUCCAUCAGAUAAAAAGCCAACAUAUAUAUGUGAACGAUGCAAGUUCUUUAUGAAUAUUUUCUAUGAAUACAAGCACAUAGUACGUCAAGCUGAUGAGGCUAUUCUUCAGUAUGUACAAAAUGGUACACCAUUGGGGACGGUCAACUGGCCCAAUACUCUUUCAAGAAUAUACCGUAACAUGGCUGGCUCGGAGACUGUUAAAACAGUUGUUGAAGGUGGUGCAACCAUUCAAGUUACAUCGCAUGAAAUUUCAGACAGUGACGAAGAAGAUGGAAAUGUUUAUAAUGUUAAGAUUGGAGAUGAUGAAGAUUCAAAAACCUGUAUCAAAGUAGUAACAAGCAAAGACACCAAACCUAAAGAUAAUACAAGGGGUAAAGAUACACCAAUUGAUGGAGAAAGUAAGGUAACACAGAAAAAGAUAGAAGACGGCUGCUGGGCGUGCAAUUUGUGCGAUUGCACCUAUCCACUGCAGCAAUUGCUGACCUUGCACAUACGGCAGAAACACAGGAAACGGGAAGUUACUUGUGUCCAGUGUAACGUUAAAUUUUUCACAAAAUACGACCUAGCGGCACACCAAGUGCUACAUUCUCUAGAUAUGCCAUUCCAAUGUGUUGCGUGUGAUAAAAAUUUCAAAAGACUGAUAUUACUCAAGCGCCACGAGAAGAUAGUUCAUCCCGAUAUACCACAACUAUUGUGUCCCAACUGCCCAGCCACAUUCUUAUCUAAUGAACAAUUGGAGACGCAUGAAAAGAAGCACGUCCACAUUCCGAAGCCGCACAAAUGCCUGCAGUGUGACAAAAAGUUCCAGGAUAGAUCAACCCUGCUAAGACACGUAGACGUAAUCCACAAUAAGGAAGCCACAUUCUGCUGUGAAUAUUGUCCAGAGCGCUUCGGGUCGAUAACGAAAUUGGUGCGGCACGUGAGAUCGCAUGUUGGUGAUAGGCCCUAUCCUUGCAAAUAUUGUGAAAAGAGCUUCACGAAAUCUCAUCACUAUACCAGGCAUAUACGUAUAAAACAUCGCGAUCGCGCGAUCGGUACGCUCGGCCCUCAAGAAAACUACCGCUGUGAGCAGUGCGAUGAUGUGUUCGACACCCAAGACGAUCUCAUAUAUCACUCUGCGAUACAUGCUACGCAGAACCUCACGUGCCCGCUGUGUCAGGAGAAGUUCGAAGACGUGGAAGCCGUUACUUCACACAUCAAGUCACAUGUUAAUGGUGUAGAAUUUAUGUGCGACUACUGUGAGCUCAUUUUCACGACCCAAGACAAGCUCAAUUCCCAUCUUAUCGCGGUGCACGAUGACGAAAUUGAAAAUGAUAUAGAAGAUGAGUCAUCAAUGGAAAUGGAUGAAGAUGAAGAGGAGGAUAACGGAAUUAAUAUAAAACAAGAGGGCGAUGAGAUGAUAAUCGAAAUAAAUAAACCAGCAAAUUACCUAGUUAACGACAAUAAAAGUUGCAUAGAGAAAAUGGAGAUAAACUCUGAAGAAAGUGAGAAUGAAGUCACGUACACAGAGCUACAAACAGUGGAUACGCUUGCUAUUGUAAACAACGAUGCAACGAACAAACCGACGCCAGAAAAGGUGUUAGAAAAACCUGUCAUCCCCACAUCCAUGGAUAGUGUCAAAAUUGUCAACAAAACCGUUGAUAGUCAGGCGGCAAAUAUAUUGAGAAAAGCUGAAGAAAUAAAACACAAAGUACCACAAGCAGGUCAUGCAGUGAUAUCACCUCGUCUCACUCUAAAAAAAAAUAAACCUAUUUCAAGAGUGGAGAGCAGUAAUAGCGGCGGUGCCAGCGAUAAAUCCCUACGUUUACUAGAAAAGGAACUGCAAGAUCUUAAAAGAACAAACAGCCGUAACACGGAAACAAGUAAAAUAUCCUCUAACAAAGUCCUAGAAACAUUAAAAAGCAAACGGCCGCAGUUCCAAACAUCUACACCUAAGUUAAGAAGCGCAGAGGAGAGGAAAUUCCUUACAAACAAAUCUCUCCCUGUAGAGAAGAAACAACUGGAAAAACGUAUCGUAACCAAAGAGAAUAAAGAACCAAAAGAAACGAGGGAAGUUAAAAAUAAUGGUAAUUCUAAGGAAGAAAAAGAUAGCAAGGAAAAGGAGAAAGAUACCAAUGAAAAAGAUAUAAAAGAAAAGGAAAAAGAGAAAAACACUGAAAAGGAUAAAGGAAAAGAAAUUCCAAAGAUAAUAAUCAAAAAUGGCUCGCCAAAUGAACGAAACAGUACAGACGAAGGGCUUAUUCGUCGUUCGACACGACCAUCCAAGAUCAAGGACUACGCGAAAAUGAUACGCGAGAGAACGCAAGAUAUGUCCGACGACGAUGAAACUACCGAGGACGAUGAGGACUACUGUGAACCAGAUAGAAGUACCGAGAGUCGCAGAGGUCGUCGCCCAAGUCAGCCUUCAAAGCCUGUCACGGUAGCCAAAACACCGCCCGCUUCGUCGCUUGCCAAUCCACCAAGAAAACGCGGCCGACCACGAAAGGAUGCUAAAGAAGUGCCUCCAAAAAUUAAGAAAGUAGAUGUUGAAGAAGCUGUAGAAGUGACGAAAGCAAUCAAUGACGUUCAAAGUUCGAGCACAACAAGUUCAGAAAAGGAAGAAAUAGUAAACCUCCUUGAAACAAGUAGUGUCGCCGAUAUUGAUCAGAUACAGAGCAUGAGCGUGACUCCUGAACCGCCCAAUACCCCUACUACGAAUUUACUAGUAUCACCUACAGGACAAACAUUGAAAAAGGUGCCGAUAAAAGCGUUACCGCCAGGAAUUAAAGUGAUGCCCUUGCCGGCUUCAAGACCGAAGGCAGCGCCCGAGCUCUGUGAAAUGCAAAUAGGCAAGAAGGUUGUGAAGGUGCAAAAAAUAGUUAUGACCAAAGCGGAAGUGGAAGCAAUGGCUAAAAAAGGGCUAGUCGAAAUGAAGGGUGGUACCAUGGUUUUAAAACAAGGUAUUAAGCUUCCAACAUCUGAUGCAUCUAAUGUUAAAUCUACGAUAACGGGCGAUGGAGAAACUUUGAAAAGGGAAAGGGCAGCGCCAACCCGCUGCGAACUUGGUGAUGAAUCAUAAUCUAAUUAUAUUUAUCGAUUACGCUAAUAUUUUAUUUAAGAUAAUUAUUCGGAACAGUAGCGCUAAAUGUGCGUUUCUGCUAAAACGGAGUGGUAAAGCUCAGGAAUCGAGCAUUCCUAUUAUUGAAAAAUGACGAUAUUUACAGGAAUAGACCAAUCAAACUGACGGGUCAUUAUUAAAAGAUUACGAGAUAUUUUUAUAACUUUAUCUCCCGCUCCGUUCAGAGAGCCUUUUGUAUUGGACAUCACAUGUCAAAUUUAUUCAAAUACCUUGUAAGAUCGGAGGACUCCUCAAUGUAUUUUUGUGUUAUUUUAUUUAAGCAAUAUAGAUCUUUAUUAUUGAAAAAAUAUAAAUAAAUGAUGUAAGCUGUUUACACUGUAUGUUUUGUGGUGUAUGAAAUACCUAAUGUUUGUUUUUUAAUACACAUAAUUUAUAUAUUAUGUAAUAAAACAUAGUUUUAAGGUAGUUUUACAUGAUGAGCUUAGCUAGCUCGUGAGUGUUAUAAGAAAAUUGUGCGUUUAAUAUUAGUGUAUUAAUAGUUAGAUAUUCAAGUUUUAAAAUAUUUUCAAUACCUAUUGUAUAUUUUGUCUUGAAAUAAAC